UCCUCAUUACCCCAAUCGAUUGACCAAAAAUGAAGCUCGCUCGUCCCCCUCGUCCCCUCGCAAACCCUCUCAUCCACUCCAAACCCAGAAACCUCUGUUCCUCCUCCUCCUCCAAUCCCACCUCCCAAGAUAAUGACGAAAACGAUGACGCCCGCUUUGUCUUCACCCUAUCCGAGGUCGUUCGGGGGAAGCAGAGCUGGAAGCUCGCCUUCAACGACCCCUCCAUUUCAGCUUCCCUGAAGCCCCGCCACGUUGAGAAGGUUCUGAUCCAGAACGUACGGAAUCCCAGGUUAGCUUUGCGCUUUUUCAAUUUCUUGGGCUUGCACAGAAGCUUCGGUCACUCUACGGCGUCGUUUUGCAUUCUGAUUCACGCCCUGGUUCAGGGCAAUCUCUUUUGGCCCGCCUCAUCGCUUUUGCAGACCCUCUUGCUUCGUGGGUUGAGCCCAAGUGAGGUUUUUCAAUCUCUGUUGAAUUCUUAUAGGAAACUUGAAUGUUCGUCGAGUGUGGGAUUUGAUUUGUUGGUUCAAGGUUAUGUGCAAAAUAAGAGGGUUUUGGAUGGUGUUUUGGUUGUGAGGCUGAUGAGGGAGUGUGAAAUGUUGCCGGAGGUGAGAACUUUGAAUGCCCUUUUAAAUGGGUUGGUGAAAAUUAGGCAUUUCAAUUUGGUUCUGCAACUCUUUGAUGAAAUUAUCAAUGUGGGUCUUCGACCCGAUGUUUAUAUGUAUACUGCCGCGGUUAGGAGCUUGUGUGAAUUGAAGGAUUUAGAUAAGGCUAAGGAAGUGAUUCGUUACGCUGAAUCGAAUACGUGUGAGUUGAGUGUUGUUAUGUAUAAUGUGUUGAUUCAUGGGCUCUGCAAGUGCCAGAGGGUUUGGGAGGCUGUAGAGGUUAAGAAUAUGUUGGGUCAGAAAGGGUUGAAAGCGGACAUGGUCACAUAUUGUACUUUGGUGCUUGGGUUGUGUAAAGUGCAGGAAUUUGAGGUUGGUGUGGAGUUAAUGAAUGAAAUGAUUAAGCUGGGGUUUGUUCCGAGUGAAGCAGUUCUUUCGGGUCUCAUGGAGGGGUUGAGGAGGAAGGGGAAGAUUGAAGAUGCUUUUGAUUUAGUGAAGAGAAUGGGAGAAGUUGGGGUGGUUCCUAAUUUGUUUGCGUACAAUUCAUUGCUCAAUUCUUUGUGUAAAGGUAGGAAACUGGAUGAGGCAGAAUUGCUCUUCGAUAACAUGGGAAAGAAGGGUAUGGUCCCUAAUGAUGUAACCUUUUCUAUAUUGAUUGAUUCCUUCUGCCGAAGGGGGAUGUUGGAUGUUGCAUUUCGUUAUUUUGAUAAAAUGAUUAAUGCUGGAGUUAGAGUAACUGUUUACCCCUACAAUUCUUUGAUAAGCGGGCAAUGCAAGUUUGGAACAUUGAGUGCAGCGGAAUCUAUCUUCUGCGAGAUGAUGAAUAAAGGAGUGGCUCCAACCGUUGUAACCUAUACGUCAUUGAUAAGUGGGUACUGCAAAGAAGGAGAGAUGCACAAGGCAUUUAGGCUGUAUCAUGAAAUGAUGGAAAAAGGCAUUACGCCAAACACUUACACCUUUAGUGUAAUUAUUUCAGGUCUUUGUCGUGCAAAUAUGAUGGCUGAAGCAACAAAAUUAUUUGAUGAAAUGGUGGAAGGGGGCAUUUUGCCAAAUGAGGUGACUUAUAAUCUUAUGAUUGAUGGGCACUGCCGACAAGGUAACACAGUUAGAGCCUUUGAGUUGCUUGAUGAAAUGGUUGAGAAGGGUCUUGUACCAGACACGUAUACAUAUAGACCUCUAAUAAGUGGUCUGUGUUCGACGGGCAGAGUGUCUGAAGCCAAAAAGUUUGUAGAUUUCCUUCACAAAGAGAAUUACAAGUUAAAUGAGAUGUGCUAUAGUGCACUGCUACAUGGUUAUUGCAAGGAAGGAAGAUUACAUGAUGCAUUAGGUGCUUGUCGUGAGAUGAUUGAAAGAGGGGUAGACAUGGAUCUUGUGUGCUAUGCUGUACUAAUUUGUGGAGCUUUAAAGCAACAGGAUACCGGAAGAUUAUUUGGUCUCUUUAAUGAGAUGCAUAAUCAAGGAUUGAGGCCUGAUAAUGUAAUAUAUACAAGUAUGAUCGAUGAAUAUGGGAAAGCAGGGAGAUUUGACAAGGCAAUUGGAGUUUGGGAUAUAAUGGUUGGUGAAGGAUGCUUACCUAAUGUUGUGACUUACACUGCCUUGGUAUAUGGAUUAUGCAAGGCAGGUUAUAUGGAUAAAGCAGAGCGUCUUUUGAAGGAUAUGCUCGUCAGUGAUGCCUUUCCCAAUCACGUCACAUAUGGUUGUUUCUUAAAUCACCUUAGCAAAGAAGGAACCAUGGAGAAAGCUUUACAACUGCACAAUGCCAUGCUUGCGGGGUUGUCAGCAAACACCAUCACAUACAAUAUACUUAUCAGGGGUUUCUGCAAAAUGGGUAAGUUUCAGGAAGCUUCACAGCUCCUGAUCGAAAUGACAGUCAAUGGUAUUUACCCAGAUUGUAUCACGUAUUCAACAUUUGUCUAUGAGUACUGUAGGAGGGGCAAUUUGCUAGAAGCUAUUAAGCUGUGGGAUGUUAUGCUAGAUAGGGGUCUGAAGCCUGAUAUUCUAGCAUAUAACUUUUUGAUAUAUGGGUGUUGUGUCACUGGAGAAAUAACCAAGGCUUUCGAGUUGCGUGAUGACAUGAUGAGAAGAGGGUUGAAGCCAAAUCGAGUUACAUAUAACACACUUAUCCGUGGAACUUGCCUGACAAGUUAGAUUCCGUCCAUGUGUUGUAUACAGAACCUUCAAAUUGGGAGAUUAGUUCAUUAGCUUCUUUGAUACUUGGCGGAGCCAUGAUCGUUCAACAUUUACAUUUUUUUAGCUUAGGUAUGUAACUUGACACGAUGAUCUCGAAUUCUUUUAUGUGCAUUAUUUCAACCCUGUAUGAUAAGGUAGAAGGCAUAAGAGAGGGAGAAUGUAAUGUAUCAGGAAAGAAGGGUGCUGUCCUCCUGUGGAUUAUACAAGACUGAGUACAAUCAAAUUACAAGCUUUACAGGGU